AUUCUAUUUCCCGCGCAAGAUCCCUCGGUAGAAGAGAAUGAAGUAGAAGCAGUAGAAGAAGAAGAGGAAGAAGAAGAAGAAGAGGAAGACAGACACACAAACAAACCAUUCUAUUUCCCGCGCAAUUUCCUUCACCAGGGACGCGUGAGGGCUACUUCGCCACCUUCGGAGGGUCGUCAGUAGAGCAAAGAGGAAAACCACCAUUCCCAGCACUCACCAUGAAUGACCGAGAGCAGAAGAAGCUGAAGUCAAAGAACAAGUCCAAACAGAGGCGAGAAGCUCAGAAGGCCGAAAGAGCAAAGCAGGCAGCCGCACAGCUACUAGUAAACCAGGCCAAUGCAGUGACAGAUCCACUCGCCAAGUUUCCGACCUUUGUCAACUUCGACCGUAAUGAGCUGAACUGUCAACUGAUAUGCCACAGGGUGAAGGAACUGGACCCUGAGAUACUGCAAUGGGCCAUUGACCUUUGUAAGAAAAACAUGCAGCCAAUGUAUGUGAAGAGCAAUCAAGGUUGGCAUGAAAGUGAGAAGGUUGAGGAGAUGACAGAGGAUGCUGCCUGGUACUUAGUGGCGCUGGACAAGGUUACAAACAAACCUCUGGCUUUCUCUCACUUCCGUUUUGACAUGGAUUAUGGAGAUGAGGUGCUGUACUGCUAUGAGCUGCAGCUAGAGGAGUCGUGCCGGAGGAAGGGUCUUGGACGAUUCAUGAUGCAGGUGUUAGAGCUGAUGGCUUUUUCAAACCAGAUGCAAAAGGUGGUGCUGACCGUUUUCAAGCACAACCCAGAUGGCAUGAACUUUUUCAAGAAAUGCAGGUAUGACAUUGAUGAAACUUCUCCAGAGGAUUCUUAUGAGGAAAGUUUUGAUUAUUGCAUCCUGAGUAAGCUGAACAAGAUGAAGCCAACACCAAAGAUUUCUCUAUAAAGAAGAGCUGUAAUAGACCAUCAAAACUUCACCUGUGUCCCGGGACUGUCUGGCAUUAAAGGCUGCCUGCAUGUCUGAGGGUGCCACGGCUGGGAUGCGAGGCACCACGCCAAUGUCUAGAGGGAUUCCUCGCCGCGGCACGUAGGGCGUCUGACGAUCCACCAUCCUGGAUAGAAAACAACACUUUGUUUAUGCAAGACUGACUUUACAUCUCUUCAAGUCAUGGAGAAGAAAGAUGUGAAUGAGGUUUUGUUCUUCUGAUGUUAGAUAAGGAAAUAUAUAAAAUACACUAUUAUUUAAA